AUGGAAAAAACAAACAAUUUCAUUGUCACUGAUUUUGGUGCUGCAGCAUAUGCUAAAAAAGACAGCAAACAGGCAUUUGCAAAAGCAUGGAAGAAAGCUUGCCAAACUCCGGGCGGCGUUCUUGCGAUUCCUGCCGGAAAAACUUUCCUUUUAAGUGGCGGAGACUUCGUGGGCCCAUGUAACGGAAAAACCAUAUUCCGAGUCGACGGAACCAUAGUUGCCUCGAAUGACCCUAAACUCGACGAUCGUGACUACUGGAUCACUUUCGACAACAUUGCACGCCUCAUUGUUGUUGGACAUGGCGUAUUCAACGGCAACGGGGCCUCAUCGUGGUCCCGUUGCGGACCGUGGAACUGCAAAACUCGUCCCACGUCAUUGAAGUUUCAUAACGUCAGACGUUCCACUAUCAAUGGCAUAACCUCUCUAAAUAGCAAGAUGUUCCAUAUUGUAAUUCACAAAUCCCAACAUGUGAGGCUAAUAAAUGUCCACAUAAGGGCCCCACCAAAUAGCCCGAAUACCGACGGAAUCCACGUUGGCAAAUCGAGCUACGUGAACAUCCUCCACUCGUACAUAGGCACGGGCGACGACUGCGUGUCAAUUGGGGACGGGGCCACAAAUGUCAACAUCACGGGGGUCGCGUGUGGGCCCGGCCAUGGCAUUAGCGUCGGAAGCUUAGGUAGGUACAAGGAGGAGGAGGACGUGAGCCGAAUCACCGUGAGCCAUUGCACUCUAACGAAUACGGAAAAUGGAUUGAGGAUCAAGACGUUGGCCCCUUCCCUAUCCUCGAAAGUUGUGUCCGAUGUCACGUACAAUGACAUUGCUAUGAACAAUGUGAAGAAUCCAAUCAUCAUCGAUCAACAUUACUGUCCCAGUGCGAACUGCCAUGGAGGGGGUGAGUCAAACGUGCAGAUAAAGAGGGUCAAGUUUAUAAAUGUACGGGGGAGGUCGGCGACGGCGGUGGGAGUAAACAUACAAUGCAGUAAAACGAGACCGUGUCAAGACCUAUUGUUCUAUGGGUUACGUUUGACUCUCGAUGGCCGACGGCCGGCGGGCGCAUCAUGCAAGAACGUUUACAAUCGAUUUCAACGAUCUAGUCCUUCCCGUUGUACGUAG